CGUGGUUUGGCUCCGGCUCCGGCGGUGGAGUUUGGGGGCCGUCUUCUGAGAAUUGAUUCCCACUUCCACCCCCCACCCCCGCCUCCGCAAAAGCAAAUGGCUGGCGUAGAAGCAUAACCCGCCUCCACUCUUCGGAUUUGUGCUUGGUUUUUCUUUUGCACCUUGAGAGUGGCGAUCGUCAUGCUGUGAUGUGUGCCGAGGGAAGAAUUGAUCACCUGCGUAUCCUGGAUCUCACCACAUUUUGGACAUGACUGAAUGUCUACAAUGGGCCAGGUAUCACUGGCAACAGCUGAUGGGCGGUAGAAACAGGGACGAGGAUGAGAGGUCAUACAGCUAUUCCUCUCUGCUUGUCUGCGGGGGCAAGUCCUCUCAGCCUCCCAGACUGGCAGGAAAGCACCGGGUGGUUGUUCCCCACCUCUGGCCCUUCAAGGAUGAGUAUGAAAAGUACUCUGGCACCUACGUGAAUAACCGAAUACGGACAACAAAGUACACACUUCUAAAUUUUGUGCCAAGAAAUUUAUUUGAACAAUUUCACAGGGCUGCCAAUUUAUAUUUCCUGUUUCUAGCUGUCUUGAACUGGGUGCCUUUGGUAGAAGCCUUCCAAAAGGAAAUUACAAUGCUACCUCUCGUGGUGGUCCUGACAAUUAUUGCAAUAAAAGAUGGUUUGGAAGAUUACCGCAAAUAUAAAAUUGACAAACAGAUCAACAAUUUAGUAACUCAAGUUUACAGUAGGAAAGAGAAAAGAUAUGUCGACCAGUGCUGGAAAGAUGUUGCUGUUGGGGACUUUAUUCGCCUUUCCUGUAAUGAGGUUAUUCCUGCAGACAUGGUCUUACUCUUUUCUACUGAUCCAGAUGGAAUCUGUCACAUUGAGACUUCUGGUCUUGAUGGAGAGAGCAAUUUAAAACAGAGGCAGGUGGUUCGAGGAUAUGCAGAGCAGGACUCUGAAGUUGACCCAGAGAAAUUCUCCAGUAAGAUAGAAUGUGAAAGUCCAAACAAUGACCUCAACAGAUUCCGUGGCUAUCUAUGGUUUGAUGUUCUUUGUGGAAAAUCUGAUAAAAUUUAUAAGAAUUUAAUAGGUGAGUUUGACAGUGUUGUCAUGAGUGACACUGAAUAUGCAGAGUGGCUGAGGAACCAUUUUUUAGCUGAAACCAGCAUUGACCACAGGGAAGAAUUACUCCUUGAAUCUGCCAUGAGGUUGGAGAACAAGCUCACUUUACUUGGUGCUACAGGCAUUGAAGACCGUCUGCAGGAGGGAGUCCCUGAGUCCAUCGAAGCCCUUCAGAAAGCCGGCAUCAAGAUCUGGAUGCUGACAGGGGACAAGCAGGAGACAGCUAUCAAUGUAGCUUAUGCGUGCAAACUACUGGAGCCGGGUGACAAGCUCUUUAUCCUCAAUACCCAGAGUAAAGAUGCCUGUGAGACGCUGAUGAGCACCAUUUUGAAAGAACUUCAGGAGAAGAAUCCCACCUCUCCAGAGCUAGCGUCCCUAAGGGAAGGCUUACAGCACACACAGGACUGCGGGCUUCGGGCUGGCCUCAUCAUCACUGGGAAGGCCCUGCAGUGCGCCCUACAGGAGGGGCUGCAGAGGCAGUUCCUGGAGCUGACUGCCUGCUGUCAGGCCGUGGUCUGCUGCCGAGCCACUCCCCUGCAGAAGAGCGAAGUGGUGAAGCUGGUUCGCAGCCAUCUGCAGGUGAUGACGCUGGCCAUCGGUGAUGGUGCCAAUGAUGUUAGCAUGAUUCAAGUGGCAGACAUUGGGAUUGGGAUCUCAGGUCAAGAAGGCAUGCAGGCGGUGAUGGCCAGCGACUUUGCCAUUGCUCAGUUUAAGCAUCUCGGCAGGCUCCUGCUUGUCCACGGGCACUGGUGUUACGCACGACUCUCCAACAUGAUUCUCUAUUUUUUCUACAAGAACGUGGCCUAUGUGAACCUCCUUUUCUGGUACCAGUUCUUUUGUGGAUUUUCAGGAACCUCCAUGACUGACUACUGGGUGUUGAUCUUGUUCAACCUCCUUUUCACUUCCGCUCCUCCUGUCAUUUAUGGUGUCUUGGAGAAAGAUGUGUCUGCAGAGACCCUCAUGCAGCUGCCGGAACUUUACAAGGGUGGUCAGAAAUCAGAGGCAUACCUACCCCUUACCUUCUGGAUCACCUUGUUGGAUGCCUUUUAUCAAAGCCUGGUCUGCUUCUUUGUGCCUUACUAUACCUACCAGGACUCAGACAUUGACAUCUUUGCAUUUGGAAACCCCCUGAACACAGCUGCUCUGUUCAUCAUUAUCCUCCACCUGGUGAUUGAAAGCAAGAGUUUGGUGAGUGGUUUUCCUGCCUUGGAAGUAGCCUGAAACUGCUUGGGGUAAAUGUCUUCUAUUAGCAGUGAUUGUGCUAAAACUUUAAUGCCUAGAAAACACAUGGUAACGAGAAGAGUAAUGAUGCCAAAUAAGAAGGGUGAUUUCAUGGAUCCUCUUGUUGAUUGUUGAGUGCCAUUGUGUUGAGGUUGAUGUAUAGCCAGGGAAAGUGGAAAAUACCUACCUGGUCCCCUUGGUGGUAUCCAUGGCGAGUCAAGCUGAAGAAACAAUUACAUUUCAAUGACCAACAUUCUUCAAGAUCAUGCUCAUGCCUUUCAGCUCAACUAAAGAGAGGUGUCGUGCCAUGAUCCUGGUAUACUGACUUUAGUAAGUGAUGAUUUUAUCACAGUAAAAUGUCUCAUGUUACAAAAAUUAUAUUUUCUUCCCUCCAGAAUUUUUACCAUUCAUUUAAAUCUAGGUUUUUUUUUAAUCUUAGUUGCUGACUUAAUGAUAGUUAAUUCUCGUCAUCAAAAUGAUUGUACGGUAGCUCUCUGCCGCAAAGCUAAUGUGUAGGAUUCAGAUAGUGAGAGCUUUGUUGUAAACCUUCCUUUGUCGAUGAAGAACAUUCCACCCAUCUCUGGAGAAUAAACCACUUCCGUGAUUAUUUAUGCCCGUCACUCGUUUCCGAUGGCAUUGUCUUUGCUAUAGCCUAAGCCACUUCCAGGACUAAUGCUACGUCUCCUUAGACCUCCCACCCGCCUCUCCUCUUGACUCCUCCAGCCAUCCUCUACAAAACAAUCAGAAUCAUCCUUUUGAAACACAAAUCAUGUCUUGUUGCUGUCCUUUGGGUAAAACACUUCAGUCAUUUCCCGCUGCACUUGGAGUAAAAUUGAAAAGCCCUGAGAUGGCCUAAAGGACGUCAUGCAGUGAUUCCUCUACUUUUCUCUCUGAUCACAUUUCCACUUACUCAGGGGCUGGAGCCACAUUGUCCUUCCUUUAGCAUUUCAGAUACUGUGAGCUCAUUACCACAUCAGGUCCUUAGCAUUUGCCAUCUCUUCUGAGGGGAGUAUUCUUACUCUUCCCUUGGUUCCUUGCACUUUACCUAGCUUGCAUAUUAUUUUCAGUCUCAGCAAAAAUGCUGCUUCCUCCAAGAGCCCUUCCCUAAUCAUCCGUUUUUUCAUACCAUCUUCUUGUUUUUCCUCAUUGCUCCAAUAAUAAUUUCUUAUUAUU